AUGGAGGAGGUUGAGAAGCAAUGUACUGAGAAGCGGGAUACUGAGAAGGAAGAGAUUGAGAAGGAUUCUGCUGAUGCUGAAGCUGAGAAGGAGGGUACUGAGAAGAGGGAUACUGAGAAGUGGGAUACUGAGAAGUGGGAGACUGAGGAGGAGGAUAUUGAGAAGGAGGAUACUGAGAAGGAGGAUACUGAGACGGAAGAGAUUGAGAUAGAGGAUACUGAGAAGGUGGAUGUUGUCCGCCAGUGUCAUAGGGAGACGGAACAGCAGUGA